GGCGGGGGCGGGCGGCGGGGGCGGGCGGGGGGCGGGCGGAGGGGGCGGGAGCUGCGCCGAGCGGGGCGGGCGGCGGCGGCGGCGGCGGGGCCCGGGCCCAGGGAGAAGAUGGCGGUGCGGAAGAAGGACGGCGGCCCCAACGUGAAGUACUACGAGGCCGCGGACACCGUGACCCAGUUCGACAACGUGCGGCUGUGGCUCGGCAAGAACUACAAGAAGUAUAUACAAGCCGAACCACCCACCAACAAGUCCCUGUCUAGCCUGGUGGUGCAGUUGCUACAGUUUCAGGAAGAAGUUUUUGGCAAACACGUCAGCAAUGCACCACUCACUAAACUGCCGAUCAAAUGUUUCCUAGAUUUCAAAGCAGGAGGUUCUCUGUGCCACAUACUUGCAGCUGCCUAUAAAUUCAAGAGUGACCAAGGAUGGCGGCGUUACGAUUUCCAGAAUCCGUCCCGCAUGGACCGCAAUGUGGAAAUGUUCAUGACCAUUGAGAAGUCUUUGGUGCAGAAUAAUUGCCUGUCUCGGCCCAACAUUUUUCUGUGUCCAGAAAUCGAGCCCAAACUACUGGGGAAAUUAAAGGAUAUUAUCAAGAGACACCAGGGAACAGUCACAGAGGAUAAGAACAAUGCCUCCCAUGUGGUGUAUCCGGUCCCCGGGAACCUGGAAGAAGAGGAAUGGGUGCGCCCGGUCAUGAAGAGGGAUAAGCAGGUCCUCCUGCACUGGGGCUACUGUCCUGACAGUUAUGACACGUGGAUCCCAGCCAGUGAAAUUGAAGCAUCUGUGGAAGAUGCUCCAACUCCGGAGAAACCUAGGAAGGUCCAUGCAAAGUGGAUCCUUGACACCGACACCUUCAACGAAUGGAUGAACGAGGAAGACUAUGAAGUGAAUGAUGACAAAAACCCCGUUUCCCGCCGAAAGAAGAUUUCGGCCAAAACUUUGACAGAUGAGGUGAACAGCCCAGAUUCUGAUCGACGGGACAAGAAGGGGGGCAACUAUAAGAAGAGGAAACGCUCGCCCUCUCCUUCGCCAACCCCAGAAGCUAAAAAGAAAAAUGCUAAGAAGGGUCCCUCAACACCUUACACCAAGUCCAAGCGCGGCCACAGAGAAGAGGAGCAGGAAGACUUAACAAAGGACUUGGAUGAACCCUCACCAGUCCCCAACGUAGAAGAGGUGACAUUGCCCAAGACAGUCAACACGAAGAAGGACUCGGAGUCUGCCCCUGUCAAAGGAGGCACCAUGACUGACCUGGAUGAACAGGAGGACGAAAGCAUGGAGACCACGGGCAAGGAUGAGGAUGAGAACAGCACUGGGAACAAGGGGGAGCAGACCAAGAACCCCGACCUGCACGAGGACAACGUGACCGAGCAGACUCACCACAUCAUCAUCCCCAGCUACGCCGCCUGGUUCGACUAUAACAGCGUUCAUGCCAUCGAGCGGAGAGCCCUCCCCGAGUUCUUCAACGGCAAGAACAAGUCCAAGACUCCAGAAAUCUAUCUGGCCUACCGGAACUUCAUGAUUGACACGUACCGGCUCAACCCACAGGAGUAUCUCACGUCCACCGCCUGCCGCAGGAACCUGGCGGGUGACGUCUGUGCCAUCAUGAGGGUCCAUGCCUUCCUCGAACAGUGGGGUCUCAUUAACUACCAGGUGGAUGCGGAGAGUCGGCCAACCCCAAUGGGGCCUCCACCCACCUCUCACUUCCACGUGCUGGCGGACACACCGUCAGGGCUGGUGCCUCUGCAGCCCAAAACCCCGCAGGGCCGCCAGGUUGAUGCUGAUACCAAGGCUGGGCGAAAGGGCAAAGAGCUGGAUGACCUGGUGCCAGAGACGGCUAAGGGCAAGCCAGAGCUGCAGACCUCUGCUUCCCAGCAAAUGCUCAACUUCCCCGACAAAGGCAAAGAGAAACCCACAGACAUGCAGAACUUCGGGCUGCGCACCGACAUGUACACCAAGAAGAACGUCCCCUCCAAGAGCAAAGCUGCGGCCAGUGCCACCCGGGAGUGGACCGAACAGGAGACGCUGCUCCUGCUGGAGGCCCUGGAAAUGUACAAGGACGACUGGAACAAAGUGUCCGAGCACGUGGGCAGCCGCACGCAGGACGAGUGCAUCUUGCAUUUCCUUCGCCUUCCCAUUGAAGACCCAUACCUGGAGGACUCGGAGGCCUCCCUGGGCCCCUUGGCCUACCAGCCCAUCCCCUUCAGUCAAUCGGGCAACCCCGUCAUGAGCACUGUCGCCUUCCUGGCGUCUGUCGUGGAUCCGCGAGUCGCCUCUGCUGCUGCCAAGUCAGCCCUAGAAGAGUUCUCCAAGAUGAAGGAGGAGGUGCCCACGGCCCUGGUGGAGGCCCACGUGCGGAAAGUGGAAGAAGCGGCCAAGGUGACAGGCAAGGCCGACCCGGCCUUCGGUCUGGAGAGCAGCGGCAUCGCAGGGACCACGUCAGACGAGCCGGAGCGGAUUGAGGAGAGUGGAACUGAUGAGCCUCGUGCAGAAGGCCAGGCCACAGAGGAGAAGAAGGAACCCAAGGAACCCCGAGAAGGAGUCGGGGCUGUUGAGGAAGAGACGAAGGAGAAGCCGAGUGAGACUCCCAAGAAAGAUGACGAGAAGGGGAAGGAAGGUGACAGUGAGAAGGAGUCGGAGAAGAGCGACGGGGACCCCACCGUUGACCCCGAGAAGGAGAAGGAGCCAAAGGAAGGGCAGGAGGAAGUCCUGAAGGAGGUGGUGGAGCCGGAGGCGGAGAGGAAGACCAAGGUGGAGCGGGACAUCGGGGAGGGCAACCUGUCCACUGCUGCCGCCGCAGCCCUGGCCGCUGCCGCCGUGAAGGCCAAGCACUUGGCGGCCGUGGAGGAGAGGAAGAUCAAGUCCCUGGUGGCCUUGCUGGUGGAGACGCAAAUGAAGAAGCUGGAGAUCAAACUCCGGCACUUUGAGGAGCUGGAGACGAUCAUGGACCGGGAGCGAGAAGCACUGGAGUACCAGCGGCAGCAGCUCCUGGCGGACAGACAGGCCUUCCACAUGGAGCAGCUCAAGUACGCGGAGAUGCGGGCGCGGCAGCAGCACUUCCAGCAGAUGCACCAGCAGCCGCCGCCCCCGCCCGUGCUGCCGCCCGGCUCGCAGCCCGUCCCGCCCGCAGGGGCCGCGGGGCCGCCCGCCGUCCACGGCCUGGCCAUGGCACAGGCCUCUGUGGCCCCGGCCCCUGCCGGCAGCGGGGCCCCUCCAGGGGGCCUGGGCCCCUCCGAACAGAUCGGGCAGGCGGGGCCCACGGCAGUGCCCCAGCAGCAGCAGCCGGCUGGAGCCCCUCAGCCCGGGGCAGUCCCGCCAGGGGUACCCCCCCCUGGACCCCAUGGCCCCUCACCGUUUCCCAACCAACAAACUCCUCCCUCAAUGAUGCCAGGGGCAGUGCCAGGCAGCGGGCACCCAGGCGUGGCCGGUAAUGCUCCUUUGGGUUUGCCUUUCGGCAUGCCGCCUCCUCCUCCUCCUCCUGCUCCAUCCAUCAUCCCAUUCGGUAGCCUAGCCGACUCCAUCAGUAUUAACCUCCCCCCUCCUCCUAACCUGCAUGGGCAUCACCACCAUCUCCCGUUCGCCCCGGGCACUCUCCCCCCACCUAACCUGCCUGUGUCCAUGGCGAACCCUCUACAUCCUAACCUGCCGGCGACCGCCACCAUGCCAUCUUCCUUGCCUCUCGGGCCGGGGCUCGGAUCCGCCGCAGCCCAGAGCCCUGCCAUUGUGGCAGCUGUUCAGGGCAACCUCCUGCCCAGUGCCAGCCCACUGCCAGACCCAGGCACGCCCCUGCCGCCGGACCCGACGGCCCCCAGCCCAGGCACGGUCACCCCUGUGCCGCCUCCACAGUGAGGAUCCGGCCCGACAGCUCUCCCUCACCCCCGUGGAGGUCACGGUUCCAGGAACAGCCCCCCCGCUCUGCGGGGACCCCUCCCCAGCCCGGAGAGCUCAUCACUACGUAAGGAAAGCUCCUGCCCCUCCAAAGCCCCCACUGUGCCCGCCAGAGGCGCGUUUUUAUAUCGGAUUAUCUAAGGA